GUUUUGACAUGGAUACAAAUUUUUGUCAUCACCAUAGAAGAAGUCAUAUCCGGUUUAUUUUCAGCUGUCAGACGGAAGUUCACAUUCGGAGUUUGUGAAUCUACUACAGAAAGUUAACGUGAAAAACGGACCUUUAACUCUCAGGGACACAAGUGAGAUCUGAAAUGUUUUCUUUGUCUGCGACCGUCCAGCCACAGGUGACUGUACCCCUGAGCCACCUCAUCAACGUCCUCCACUCUCUGAAAAUCUCAGUGGGAAGCAGCAGCAGUGCCACCUGCAAAUCAAGAAAACCCAAGGAUCAAGCUUCGAACUCACCUCUACAAUGUACAGAGACCAUGUGGAACCUGCGGGAACUUGGAUUAUCAGACCUGGGAACACAGCAGCUGGAUGAUCUGAUGAACCAUGUGUUACCACACUUGAGCCCACUGGAAGCCCUGCUUCCAUCGGGCAGUCAGACAGCUUGGAGGACUUCCCAUCUCUCCACACACUCCUUUUUUUGCAACAAGUAUGGGUUCUCAAGUGGUCCCAUGCCCUUAUUGACCCCAGUUAUUUCCAGGCAGCACCACUCACCCCUUCAGUCUGUCUGUACAGAGUUACAACACUGGUCAGUGUUGAUGCAGAGCAGAGGCUUUAAAACUCUAAGGAGCAAAACAAGGAGAGUGCAGUCAACCUUCGACCAGCCCUUGGAGUCUGAAGGGUUCACACCAUCCUUUAUGAAGGGUUUCCUGACACGUGACAAGGGGAUUGAUGUGGACAGUCUAGACAGCCUGUUGAAGAGCAAGAACGUACCUGAUGGACAACAGGAUGCUUUCAAGAGGGGCUUUGCUGAGGGUUUCCUCAAAGCUCAAGCCUUGACACAGCGCACACAGGACUCUUUGAGGAGGACUCGUCUCAUCCUACUGGUCCUGCUUCUUGUUGGGCUCUAUGGGCUCUCCAAGACCCCCUUCAUAUCAGUGCGGUUCCGAACCACAUCAGGCCUGGACUCAGCAGUGGACCCUGUCCAGAUGAAAAACGUGACCUUUGAGCACGUGAAAGGAGCAGAAGAAGCUAAGAAUGAGCUGCAGGAGGUGGUGGAGUUCCUGGGAAACCCUCAGAAGUUCACUGCCUUGGGAGGAAAGCUGCCAAAAGGUGUUCUGCUGGUUGGCCCACCAGGGACUGGUAAAACUCUACUGGCCAGAGCAGUGGCAGGAGAGGCAGAUGUGCCGUUCUACUACGCAUCCGGGUCGGAGUUUGACGAGAUGUUUGUCGGCGUGGGAGCCAGCCGCAUCAGAAACCUUUUCAGGGAGGCUAAAGCCAACGCUCCUUGUGUGAUCUUCAUUGACGAACUGGAUAGUGUGGGUGGGAAAAGGAUUGAGUCACCCAUGCACCCUUACUCCAGGCAGACUAUCAACCAACUACUGGCUGAGAUGGAUGGGUUUAAACCAAAUGAGGGUGUGAUCAUCAUCGGUGCAACAAACUUCCCAGAGGCGUUGGAUAAUGCCCUGAUCCGCCCUGGGCGUUUCGACAUGCAGGUGACCGUCCCCAAACCAGACGUGAGAGGACGCACAGAGAUCCUCGACUGGUACCUGAAGAAGAUUAAAAUGGAUCCAGCUAUUGAGGCCAAUGUCAUUGCCCGGGGCACAGUCGGCUUCUCUGGCGCUGACCUGGAAAAUUUGGUCAACCAGGCUGCCCUGAAGGCAGCUGUCGAUGGCAAAGACAUGGUCACCAUGAAGGAGCUGGAGUUUGCUAAAGACAAAAUUCUAAUGGGCCCUGAGAGAAGGAGUGCAGAAAUAGACGACAAGAACAAGCUCAUCACAGCAUACCAUGAAUCAGGGCAUGCAAUUGUAGCUUACUACACCAAAGACGCCAUGCCGAUCAAUAAAGCUACUAUCAUGCCCAGAGGCCCCAGCCUGGGACAUGUGUCCAUGCUCCCAGAGAACGAUCGCUGGAGUGAGACUCGCUCUCAGCUUCUGGCGCAGAUGGACGUCAGCAUGGGUGGCCGCGUAGCAGAGGAGAUUAUAUUUGGCCAGGAGAACAUCACAACAGGAGCAUCAAGUGACUUUGACGGUGCUACAAAGAUCGCCAAGAUGAUGGUGACCAGAUUUGGAAUGUGUGAAAAGCUGGGUGUGAUGACCUAUAGUAACCUGACAGAGCAGAGCCCAGAGACACAGGCUGCUGUUGAGCAUGAAGUCAGAGUUUUACUGAAGGACUCUUAUGAGCGUGCCAAACGCCUGCUGAAAUCCCAUGCUAAGGAGCACAAGAACCUGGCAGAUGCUCUGCUAAUGUACGAGACACUGGAUGCCAAAGAAAUCCAGAUGGUCCUGGAGGGCAAGACCCUGGAGACCAGAUGAAACCGGCCAGGACAGCAGCAAUCACUGGGUAGCAAUGGGGAGGGGGUCAGAUUUUAAGAGCUCAGGCAUUAAGGAAAGAGGAAAUGACUCUGUUCUUGAGCUGUGAAUCAGAGCAUUGGGAAGUCACAGCCUGCGUUCACAUAGUCUCGACAAGUGUUCAUGUGGGGCAAAGUCAUAUCUUCAUGCUGUCACCUUUAUAGAAUCUCAUGAAUUUCCCCAGACAGUUAGUUUUAUUUGAAACUUAAACACGACUGUGCUGUGUUCAGACAUAAGCACAUAUAUGGCAAAGGUCAAGACAUUAAAUGCCUAACAUUAAGGAUGUUGCUCAGAUUGCUUGGUCCAUUGGUGGGAGGAAAUGAUACGUGAAUAUACACCUAAAACUUCAAAACAGUACCUGUAUAGGAUUGAAUUUGUUCAGCCAGGUCAUCAUAGAUUCUCAAUCUGUCAGUGCUGAGCUACAUGUUCCCAAAGAGCUGCUGGGUAACCAAAGCAGAAUUUAACUGACUCUAAACUUGUAUGUUCGAUACACACUGGCAGAGUUGAUGCCUGUCACUUCGCUGCAAGUGCAUUGGCUUGCAUUGAACAUAGUGGGUGCAGGGGUUUUGAUGCAUCACACGCUGCUGGUGUGCUUUGCCCUUAAUUCUCAACGUAGCAUCUAGAGCUGUCAUGUCGUUCCACCUGAUUGUUUGCAUCCAGGAUGGCUGAACAUCAUGCAUAUCCAUUGUCCUGUCCUGCCGGACUCCUCUGAAUGUUCCUGUUGCUUAAUUUUAAAGGUGGCCUUUUGAGAUGUGUAUUUUUUUUUUCCCUAUUGAAAUGGGUAGUACAAGUUGAACUACAAUAUCUCAGCACUUUGAUUAAGUGUGCAAAUUGGCAGUGCAUUUGUCUGCUCUUCAUGUAAAUGAUUUCAUUUAUACUGUUUGUACAGACUGAAUAAGAAUUGUGCUGCUUGGCCUCAAAAGGCAUGCAACAAAUGGCUGUGUUUAUGUAGUAAUGGAGCAUUGGGAGCAUUAGGAUUUUAGACUUGUAAUGUUGACCUAAUUGGGCUUCUGAGUGGCCUCAGCAAAGUUUUUCUUUUUUUUUCUUUGUGAGUACAAAUUGUGUUUAUCCAGUUCCUUUAGUUAUUGUCCACCUUUGUCAUAACAUCAGACACAUUUCUCCCCCACAUGUAGUGCUGCAUACCGUUCUGUAUAGUAAAUAUUUCUGUACACUGUGAAUGAUCAGAGAUUCCAGUGUUUAAUGGCCCUUUUUCCACGAGUGAAAGAUGUGAAACAAACAUGACGUUUAGGCUGUAACAGUUCAUUAAAUCUGGUUGUAAAUCCUCAAUUCUAAAUUUGACAUUUCUUCAACACAGUUUGAGCAGAGGUUGAACAGGUAAAGGGGCACCAGCACUUGUCACCCACAUUGUAGCAUUUAAGAACAGAAGUUAUAGCUCUUGUCAAGAUUACUACCAACAUAUGUGAUGUGAUAUAGUGUUAUGUUUGUUUUUUUUUUGUGCUUCAGUUGUACACUAUCUCUUAUGUUUCUUAUUUAUUAUCUACUGUCUGUACUUUGGGACUGGGAUAUGGGAACGUUGUGUAUAUAGAUGUAUAGUAACACUGUUAUGUUGUGUAGACACUGAAUGGCUCUUUGCCAUUGGUUGACAAAGCCUUUCAGCAGUAUGAUGGCAGCAGUUAAUGAACAUCUGUGCAGAAGAAAUAAGAGGCCCAAAUAAAGGUUUGUUGCUUUGUAUGUGUGGAUUAGUGAGAGGGAGUGUGCUGCAGAUUUAUUUUUACAAGUUGAACAAAAUGACAAAUCUGAGAAAUGGAACAGGGAUUAUAUUUCUGAAAUGUCAAGCUACAAUAUAUAUUUUGAAUCAUUUUACCUUGUGACAUUGAUAUCCACAAAAACAAGUAAUAACCUGGAAAUAAAACACUGUCAGCCA